AAAAAUGUUGCGCUUAUAGUACUGAGGCGCAAAACCUUGUUCAAAUGUUGUAGUUUUUAAUAUCGUAGAACUUAAAAUUUUAGAUUUAGUAUUAAAUUUAUUUAAUCAUAAAAUAAUUAAAAUCUAAGUCGCUAUGGAGGCCAUUCAUCGAGAAAUUCUUCGAAAAAAUCGUAUGAGUUUAAGCCAUAGCAAUAUGAACACUGAAGAAGUUUGUACAUGUUUAAUUAGAGAUAAUGUAUUCACUAUAAAUGACAAAUAUAGCGUUGAAAGUUACUCAUCUCCUGUCAAGAAGAUUGAGAAAUUAUUAGAUAUUCUUUCUCAUAAAGGUGCUAACGCUUUUUCUACUUUUACAAAGGUUCUUAAUGAGUUGAAGCUAUUUCAUCUAAGUAAACUAAUUUCAACGGACAAAAAUGCUAAUAUAACAAAUCAAAGCAGACAGUCUGAAGAAAUUAAUGUAUCAAAUGAUGAUCUCGAAUAUUCUUCAUGUAAACAUGCACGAUUACAAGAAGAAAGUUUGAAAGAAGAAAAGGAGUGUAAGAAUAAUUCUGAUGUCUCAAAUGGUGUCCAAACAAAACCACAAGAUAAAAGUUUAAAAGAAGAAAAAGAAUCUGAAGUUUCGGAUUCUUAUGAUGCAUUAGAUGGACCAAUAAAUAAACCUGAUGUAAAAGAAGAUAAUCAUGGAAUUGAUAAUGAAGAAGAUGGUAGAAUGGCAUUUCUUUCAAAUAUUCGAUCUGCUCCAAAGUUUUCUAACCCAAAUGAUUUUGUUGCUCCAGUAGAAAACAUUCAACAUAACCUAGAGGAGUGUUAUGCAAUGAAUACAAAUCCACGUGGUUUAUUCAUUCUUGUCAACAACAAAAAGUUUCUGCCAAGUUCUGGUAUGCAUGAGUAUACUCGAAAUGGAACAGAUGAGGAUGCUAAGUGCAUGAAGGAGUUGUUUGAGGAAUUAGGAUAUGUUAUUGAAUCUUAUCAAAAUAUAUCUGUAUAUGAAAUGAGAAAAAUUUUUAAAAAAGCAUCAUUGAUAAGUUAUUCUGGAUAUUCUGCCCUAGCAGUGUGUAUUUUGAGUCAUGGACAAGAGGGUGUAGUGUAUGGUAUUGAUGGAACUAUUGAUAUUAAAGAAAUUACUGGGUUUUUCCGAGGAAGUAAUUUAAUGGGAAAACCAAAAAUGUUUUUUUUUCAAGCAUGUCAAGGAUCUGACUAUAUGGAUGGUGUUGAACCAGAUACUGGCAGAAUGGAAACAGAUGGACCUCCAGAAUAUGGAAAUGAAAUUUCUCUUCCGACUGAAGCUGACUUUAUUUAUGCAUAUUCUACUGUUCCUGGAUUUUAUUCUUGGCGAAACUCCGCAAAAGGAUCUUGGUUCAUUCAAGCUCUUGUAGAGGUUUUUCGGAAGCAUGCUCAUAAAAUGGAUGUAGUACGCAUGCUUACACGUGUAAAUCGAAUUGUCGCUACAAAGAAAUCACAGACUGGUCAGCUCUCAUCACAUAAUAAGCGACAAAUAUCUUCUAUAGUAUCACAAUUAAGGAAAGAUUUAUUUCUCUGCCCUCCAAACGGGCCUCUAAGAUCUUUAGAUUUUGUCUAAGAAAUUUUUUUUUAAA